CUCAACUGCAUCAAGCAAUCGGAUACUAUCUUAUAUCAAGUCGUUGACUCCAGGCCUGUUAUUGAUAGUGGUGCUUUGCACAUUGAUAACCAAGUCCAUACGAAUACCAAGUUCUCUCAAGCUCUCAGCCUUCAUCUGUCAGUGGUCUUCCCCACUUUGAAAGAACAUCAUCUUUAGUAAUCUCACCUCAUCACCUAAAGUUUACACAGUUUGUGACUACAAGUAAAAGUCAUGGCUACCACCACAAUUGAGACCACAGCCCCCGUCUCGGCGUUUACAACGGUGCAGCUGAUGACACCGGAUGGACUUGUUUCCCGCCGUGUACGCUGUGGGGCGCCCCGUACUCCGACCCUGGAUGAAAUGCCCGUUAUCGACCUCACCUCGCUUGAUGGGGAUGCGACUGAGCGCAAGGCCAUCGCCACCAAAAUUAAAGCGGCGGCUGAGAAUACUGGCUUCUUUUAUGUCAAAAAUCAUGGGAUUCCUCAGGAAUUGAUCGAGCAAGCUCUCGAACAGUGCAAGGCCUUUUUUGACCAAGAGCAAGAAGCUAAAGAUCGGGUCUCUUUUGAGAAAGCGGGCAAGUUCUGUGGUUAUCACGGCGUCGGAAGCACCCAGAUUAAUAAUCAGGAAACAAGAGACAAGAAGGAAACUUUCUCUAUGCGAUAUGACACUCGCAUCGACCAAACCCACGAGUGCACCGAUGAUAUCAACUCCAACUUCUCGUCCACAGAUUAUGUCUGGGACAGGACAAGCCAUCUCACAAAUUUCCGCCCUGUACUCACCGAGUUCUAUCAAAAGCGUCUUACCCUCGCCCGUAAACUCAUCCGCUUAUUCGCCCUUGCUCUCGACCUACCCGAGGAUUACUUUGACUCCAUCAUCACCACUCCCGGUGCCGAUGCAGUACACAUUCACUACCCCGGCACCGAUGGCAACGCCCAAGAAGUCGACGUGGGUAUUGGCUCACAUACUGACAUUCAGUGCGUGACUCUGCUCUGGCAGGACAUGUCUGGUGGUCUGCAGGUUCUCUCGGCAGAAGAUGAGUGGCUUGAUGCCCGGCCGAUCGAGGGGACCCUUGUCAUCAACAUCGGUGACUUUCUACAGAGACUCUCGAACAAUCGGUUUAAAUCGACCGUUCAUCGGGUGUAUAACCGGCAGAAGACAUCUCGCUACGCUAUGCCCUUCUUCCUGGGAUUCAACCCCGACGCAGUCUGCGAAGUUCUGCCGACCUGUAUUGAUGAAGAGCAUCCACCCCUCUACGAGCCGAUUUCAUGCGGCAAGUGGCGUGACUCUCGUCUAAAGCUGGCAGAAACUCCAGAUAAAAAGGCAGUAUAAUAAACAGCAGCCAUCAAGAACCAGAGGCAGAUAGACGUAUUACAGACUAUUGACGUUUGCAUAUGACGAGUUUAUAUUACAAUCUAAUAUCAGAAGAUGUUAAAUACAGGUUUAUUUAAUAUUUAUAGUUUACGCCUUAUACCUGGAAUGAUAUAUAAUAAUUCUUCUUAUUUCUCG